AUGAGUAGUAGUAGCGGUCCCGAAAACGGUGCAUCCGACCACAGCGUCGAACGCGGCUCAAGCCAUCAUUCUCUAUUCGUUGACGAAGACGCAGCUCGUCUUUCCACAGGCGAGACUUCAAAUGAAGUAUUAGAACUGCACCGUACAUCAUUGGAGCGAUCCACAGAUCCUACGUGUGCUUCCUCCGAUAUGAAAGAGUUCUUGGCAUGCUUGUCUUUCUUAAUAGUGAGCUUGGUGAUUGGAGGCCUACCGAUCAAUCCUCGCCAACGGCCGAUUCCAUACCAGCUGCUUGAAGACAUGAAAAUAUACGUACGCAAUCAAGUCUACAACGAAAGAUUUGAAGGCGAAACGAUACCAGACUUCUUGCUGUUGCUUCUGGCGAUUAUUUUACCCUUUUUUUCCCAGAUUUUCGUUUGUGUCUUGCUUCGUCGAGCCGGUGAUAGACACAGGACAGUAUGCGUGUAUCUCGUGGCGUUUGCCAUAACUUUGUUAGUCAUUGAUUUCGUCAAGUUGUACGUUGGUUAUUUGCGACCCAUUUUCUACGUUAGCUGCGAGCCAGACGACGUCUAUGAAACUUGUACGGAUGGAGGUGGAGGUGAUGUUCGCAAGUCGUUUCCGUCGGGUCACGCUGGAACAGCAUUUUGUGGCAUGACGUUGAUUGCAUUGUAUCUUCAUACGAGAGUUGGUGUACCUAGUGUACAAACAAUGGUCCGAGAAAUGUAUUCCGACGGGAACGUCCGCUGGACAGUUGGGUACUCCAAGUCACCGAGUAUGGCUAGAUUGGUUUCAAUCCUAUCGCUUACGCCCUUGAUGUUGGCUCUUUUUAUCGCUGCCAGCCGCGUCGUCGACAACAAACAUUUCCCGGCUGAUGUAGUUGGUGGUUCCGUUUUAGGAGCUUCGAUUGCUGUAUUUACGCAUAGCUUGUGGUUUCCUUAG